CCCCUCCCACCAAGAUCACGCAGGUCCCGGCGCCCCAAUACAGACCGGCGGGAGUCUUCGAGGACUACGUACGUAGCGGCGAUGGACGCAUCGGCGACGACGCAGAAGCGCAAGUGCCCCGACAAGGAGGAGACGGCCGGCAUGUGCGCCAACGGCUGCGGCUUCUUCGGCGCCGCCGCCACGGGCAACAUGUGCUCCAAGUGCUACCUGGACCACGUCGUCAUCGGCACCGCUAACACCGUGGCCGCCUCGACGGGGCCUCCGGCGAAGAAGGCCAAGAUGAUCGUCGCCGUCCCGUCCUCUGAUGGUGCGGCCGCCUCCUCCACCGCCGCCGCGGCUGACUCCUCCGCGAGCUCCGUGAAGCAGCCGCCGGUGGCGGCGAACCGGUGCGCGACGUGCCGCAAGAAGGUGGGGCUGCUGGGGUUCCGAUGCCGUUGCGAGGGCACCUUCUGCAGCGUGCACCGCUACUCGGAGAAGCACGACUGUGGAUUCGACUACAAGACCGCCGGCCAGGAGCAGAUCGCCAAGCACAAUCCGGUCGUGGUUGCGGACAAGAUCACCCGAAGGAUCUGACGCCAGCAACAAACCAGCAGAUCAACGGCCAACCGAUAAAGCAGUAGUCAUGGCGGCCUCGAGGAUAUAGAUCGAUCGAUCUUCUUUGUAUUUUCUUGGAACGUGUAAAUCUUAGUUUGGACUUCGGAGAUUGUACUGUGA